AUGGCUCCUAUUCUUUUAGACUCCCAGCCGGCUCCAUUCCCCGUGGCCAUUUCUGAUUCACCUCCACUAGACUUGCCUCGGUCAGUUACGGACCUAGUCCUUUCCGAGCGUCCACGGCGGAUCCCCAACCUGGUCGAACAUCUCAAUGCACCACCGGCUGUCCAAGAUGACCCUUCAGACAUCCAACUUCAGCGUCUUUUUCAUUUGGCCUGGCUAGUUGCAAUUCGUGCCUUUGUCGCAUCUACCACCCUAUAUAUCGGAGAAAGUUACCACCAGGGAUACAGCUUUGUCGGGGAGACACAUGGGAAUAUCCCAUUGCCCACCGGACAACUCCAUCUUGACACCCAAGCUACCGUUCUGGAGCUCUUCCAGCAACUGGUCGGCGGUCUCGAGCUCGUCUCAAAGGAGAAUACUUCUACUGGUGUGCCUACAAGUAACGAUAAGGGUUCCAAGUUCGAUUGCACAAUCGUCUAUCAGAGUCAACCAGUAGAACAUCAUGGCUCGGGUACCCGUUCAUGUAUGGACACUGACCAGAUCUGCUGUUCAACGAUCGUUGAGUCGUCCAGACUGGAGCCUUCACACAGCGGACUUCUUCUGUAUGUCACAAAGAUGCCAGACAAUCGAUUCCGCGCUCAACUCGAUGCGGAUUCGAAUGGUAUUAGCAGGGCCCUUGCAACAAGCCUCCUUCACACUUUCAACCAGGCGCUAUCGUCCGUUGUCAACAAGCCCACCCAAGUAGUCGGCCUUAUCGACCUAUGCUCUCCUCACGACAAUUCUCUUAUUAGAGAUUUCACUAGACCACUUGCUCCGGCGCAGGAUGUCCUCCUCCACGAUCUCUGUCUACGGCACGUGGAUACCACCCCCGAUGCACCAGCGGUCCGUUCAUGGGAUGGCGAUCUGACUUAUCGUGAACUGAGUGAGUGGGCCUCUCGACUAGCACACUGGCUGAUUGGACAGGGAGUUGGUCCUGGGAUAUUUGUUGCGUGCACUUUUUACAAAUCGACAUGGGCAAUUGUCGCUCGCCUGGCAAUUUUGAUUGCCGGCGAGUCGGUGUUGCAGCGAACCCAUAUCCAGAUCGUGUUAACGUCCGUUGGCUUCGGACCCAAGUUCGCUGAUCUAGUGAAAACCAGUUUCGAAGUCGACGAGUCUUCACUUGAACAAUUGCCACCGACAGUAGGAGUUCCCCGCGUCAGCGUCUUGCCCACGGAUCCCUGCACUGUACUCUUUACGUCUGGAAGUACUGGUAAUCCGAAAGGGAUUAUUCAAGAGCACCGCAGUUAUGCAUCUGCUUUGACCGAUUAUAUCCGAGUGAUGAACAUGGGUCCUCAUUCCCGACUGUUUCAGUUCGAUGCAUAUGCCUUCGAUAUUAGCAACAACGACUUUCUGGCACCUCUUAUCGCCGGAGGCUGCUGCUGUGUUCCCACAACGUCGCUGACUAUGGACGCAUUGAUGAAUGAUUUAAAUGAGCUAGAAGCCAACUUCAUGUUUGUCACUCCAUCUGUUGCCAUCGAUAUCGACCCCGAUCGUGUACCGACAUUGAAGACCAUGUGUGUUGGUGGAGAGCCAGUGUCGGACGCUGUCAUGGCUAAAUGGCUCCACCGGGUGCGUCUUGUAAAUCAAUAUGGUAUGGGUGAAGUGGCCUCCCUUUGCGCCUAUAAUCCCAAUCUUCGGAUAGGCCAAGGGGCUGUCGUGGGUUACCCUGCGAGUGGAGCUAUUUGGAUUGUUAAUCCCGAUGCCCUUGAUCAGCUUAUGCCUGUAGGCGCGAUCGGAGAGCUCGUGAUAGAAGGCCCUCAUGUCUCUCGAGGAUAUCUAGAUCACUUGUCAGGCAUAUCCCAGAGCUAUCUGGAUGAGCCACCAGCCUGGGCAAAGCAGCUGCAUCCCGAACGGCCGACUCACCGAGCAUAUCGCUCUGGCGAUCUAGGUCGAUACAACCAUGACGGCACUAUUGAGGUGAUCGGUAGAAGGGAUAGUAUGUUGAAAUUGGAUGGAGCCCGGGUGGAAGCCGGUCAGAUUGAAUAUGUCUUGCGCCGUCUGCUGGCGACUGGAGAUGGAGCCGUGGUUGAUCUCCUGGGUGCAAUAGAUGGGGUCAGUGACCCGAUUCUGGCAGUGUAUUUGUAUCUGGCGAACAACCCGAUGAACUUGGAAACGGGCUCUGUGGAAGACAUGCAAUUUCGACCGAUCACUCAUCGACAUGCCGUCUCUAAAUUGACUCAUUCUCUCAGUGAUGCGAUUCGACAAGAAUUGCCCCCAUACUAUGUACCUAGCCUCUACCUGCUUGUUGACCGCAUCCCGCGAACAAAGUCAAAAAAGACUGACCGUCGCAAACUCCACACAUUGGGGCAGGCCUACUACAGGGCACAUCGGGAGGAACUCAGAGAGAUCACGGUCUGGCCUGAGUGGGACUGA